CUAUUCUCACACAUUACCACUGCUGUACUCACUGUUACUUGCUUUAAUGGCGGAUGAAUGUCUCCACUCUUUGCAGCUCGAGCUCGAGGCCGUGGGGAAGCAGAUUCGCGACCUGGAACAGAAGCAGGCCCAGCUGAGAGAGCGGAGAGCCGCGCUGGAAUCAUCCCGGGCUGACGCUCACAAGUCCGGGGUAAGUAUACAGCGUGCUGUUAACAGUCCCACCACGUCUACUCCGUGUGUUUCUCUGCGCAGGCCCGGUGCACCCAGGACGCGAUCUUCCCAGAUGUCCUUCACUGCGACGCCGGGACACCACGGACCCUGGGUGCAUCCACAGCGGAGGACGCGAGCUGGGUCCCGGGCGACGACUUCUCCCCCUCCUGCCUUCGAGAUCUCCAUCCAGAACCGCUUCGCUCCCCUCCGCGAGACAGGACGCGACGCUGUGAUCAUCGGAGACUCCAUCGUCCGACACGUAAGUGCUACGUUAGCCGAAGGUAAAGUGCACACUCAUUGUUUGCCUGGUGCUCGUGUUCUCGAUGUUUCUGCGCAGAUACCCGCGAUCCUGAAGGACGGCGAGAGCCCCAGAGCGGUCGUGCUUCACGCCGGGGUUAACGACACCACGCUGCGGCAGACGGAGACGCUGAAGAGGGACUUCAGGAGCCUGAUCGAGACGGUUCGCAGCACGACGCCCGCGGCGACGAUCGUCGUGUCAGGACCACUGCCCACGUAUCGACGAGGACACGAAAGGUUCAGUAGACUUUUUGCUUUAAAUGAAUGGUUGUUGUCAUGGUGUAAAGAACAGAAACUGCUAUUUGUUAAUAACUGGAAUCUUUUCUGGGAGCGUCCUAGACUGUUUCGCGCUGAUGGAUUACACCCCAGCAAAAUUGGAGCGGAGCUUCUCUCUGACAACAUCUCCAGGACACUUCGCUCCAUGUGACUAGAUUUAAACAAGCUCCAGUCUGGAUCCAGAACACCUGAGAAGAGAUGAUGCUGACCCUCAGAGGACCCCAGAUGAUGCUACCUUGAAUCAACAAACAGAACUAACAAUUAUUGCUAAAUGUGUGACUGAAUCAUAUAAUAACUUAAUUAAUAAUAUUGAUAGUUCAUCGUCUAGCUGACUACGUCUUGUAUUAUUAUUAUUAUUUUUAUUUUUUCUAAAUUCCUGUCA